GUCCGUUCAAGCUGAACGGCUGCCCGCUGAGACGAAUCAACCAGAUCUACGUCAUCGCGACCAAGACCAAGAUCGACGUCAGCGAUGUGAACGUGCCGGAAAACAUUAACGACGAAUUCUUCCGCAGACAGAAGCUGAAGAAGCCUCGUCACGCCGAGGGCGAGAUAUUUGAGGCUGCAAAGCAGAAGUACGAAGUGAAUCAGGAGAGGAAGGAUGCGCAGGUUGCCGUGGACAGCCAGGUGAUGGAUGCGGUACGCAAGUCCUCCGAUAAGAAGCUGCUAUUCGGCUACAUGGGAACGAUGUUCUCUCUGAAGAACCACCAGUACCCACACAAGAUGGUCUUCUGAGUGCUUCGUUUAAUCGUUUGUGCUGUACAAAAUAAAUAAGGUGCCUGUGUCUGGAAGAAGA